AUGUUGCUCAACAUCGAAGGAACGACGAGCUUGCUUGCCCAAGUUGUAACUCCCGGGACGUUUCUUGCCGCGCUCAUUACCUUGGACGGACGGGUUGUAGCCUACCACAUUCAUCCGAGUGCGAUCGUAGCCGACGAGGACGACGAACAGUCGGACGGGAGCGAUCAGGCGAAGAUCGCAGCUGCAAUCGCUAGCGGACUGUGGCGCGAGGACUGCUACGAUCGUCCCUUAUCAUCCAACUCUAAAACCGAAUUGGCAAACGAAGUUCGUAACUUGGAUGCCGUUUGUGAAUUGGGCCAAUUGCGUCUCAAUUUUACACCUCCCUUUCUACUCGUGCUCGUCGGAAAGGCCGGCUCAGUUUCUACGGAAACAUUAUCAAUGAAGGCCCAGUUACUACAGGAUCAGUUGAAAGGGCCAUUUUCCAAUAUUUAG